CAACAGGAACCCGAAAAGAGAAUGAGAGCAAGAGUGGGAGAGAGAAGUUAUUGGAACGUAAAGCUCUCACAAAUCAUUUUGUCACCAGCAAGCUCUGACAGGCAUAAAGGGAGUGUGUAACGAGAGGGAACUAAUAAAAAGUGUGCUGUGCUGAAGAGAAAGGAAGUGUGAAGGACUCUUUUACUCAAGACUGAAGUCAAAAGACAUAAAAGUGGACGGACAGAACAAAAGUGAGGCGAUCAUUCACUGCCGGCACUACUGCAGUACACUGUUGGAUGCUUCUGGAAGCUCUGUUUAUUUCGCUAUUUUCGUUUACUCCAUCUGUCACUCGAGACUUGUGGGUUGGACGUGGUUCAUUUGAUUUGCCUGACAUUAUAUCAUCGAGACCAAAACGUCAGGGUAUUUUCCAAGAGGAUCUGUUUUCCUUUCAAUUCCUCAGUGAAAUAGUGUGUGUGUGUGUAUGUGCAGCAUUAGGCAUGUAAAUGGAUCCACCACUUGUCAUUGAAGGGAACAUGAGGCUGAGUCAAAGCUUCCGGAAAUUUUAUCUGGCCGGGGAUCCUCUGAUCUAUCUUCUAAGGGAAUUGCUCAGCUAUCUUAAGUGGACACAGCUGGUGUCUUUUUGGGAAUGCCGGCUGCAGCACACUGGGUUAUUGAGACAGUUAACUGGACUUGUUUAGAGGGUUCUAUGUGAGCUGACAAGCCUUUGGGUGAAGCGUCAAGAGCAGAGAAGCAAGCUGUGAGUAGAGGGGAAAAGUUAGAGAGCAAACACGCUUAACAGACGUGUCAUUGUGUCUGGACGCCUUUGUGUGUUUUCACAGCAGGGCUGAAAGCUUGUCUAAGACUAUUUGAGAGUCAGUCCAGACACGUGGAUGUGAACAAGCAUUUCUGUGUGCAACUGCCAGCAAUCAGACAGUGCUAAAGUUGUGCCAAAAAUAAAAAAGCACUCCAUUUGCUUGUGUCUCUACAUGUCAAGGCUUAGUUGUAUUCAGAGUUGCGCCCUAGGAAUCCUGCAUGCUAUGCAACUCUACGCCAUCUGGAUGUAGCUUUGAGACAGGUGAAAUAUCAGGAAUCUCCCUAAUCCAACAGAUAUCAUCUGUUUUGUUGCGUCAUUUCAAGGUGCUUUCCAGCAUCACCAUCAGGUAGCAUUACCUCUGCAACCAGUACACACUACUGCUUUUGUUUUUAUCCCAAACGCUUUACGUCAAUCCCAGGUUUCUGACGAGCCACUUGGCUUCUUUAAAACUGAUUCAAGCCAGUUUGGAUACAGAUUUGCCACUAUGAAGUUGUUGUUCUUGUCGUUGAUGCCUCUGUUCAUGGUGGCUGGAACGGAUGGUAUGUCUACCUGUAAGACUCUAGACCUCGAGGUGGUGAAGAAAAAGAGGAUAGAGGCCAUUCGUGGUCAGAUCCUAAGCAAACUGCGCAUGGCCAAAGAACCCGAAGCUGAGAAAGAAGAUAAAGGGCAGAAGGUCCCAGAAGCCCUGCUCUCGCUGUACAACAGCACAGUUGAACUGAGCGAGGAGAUGAGGACAGAGCCUGUCCCAUUUCAGGCAGAAGAUGAAGACUACUUUGGCAAGGAGGUGCACAAGUUCAUCAUGAAGCAAGUCCAGAAUGAUACGAAAUAUCAGCUCCUUUUUAACGUGUCAGAGAUGCGACAGAGUAUUCCUGACUACAGGUUGCUGUCGCAGGCUGAGCUAAGGCUUCGGAUCAAGAAUCCCACCAUGGGCCAGGAGCAGAGGCUAGAGCUGUACCAUGGAGUGGGUGACCAGGCCAGAUAUCUGGGCACACGUUUUGUCUCAAAGGACUUGGCCGAUCACUGGCUCUCAUUUGAUGUGAAACAGACAGUCAAAGAAUGGAUGCAAAGUUCAGAAGAUGAAGAAAGUUUAGAGUUGAGGUUAUACUGUGGCUGUAAAACCAACAAAGACCAGCAGAGUGGUGAUAACUUCCUCUUCACCAUAUCAGGACUAGGCAAGCCAAGAGGUGAUAUGUCUACCUUUGCAGACAUGAUGGUGAAACCAUAUAUCUUGGCUUUAUCUUUGCCCUCUAAUGGCAACUCUCUUGCGUCCGUUCGCAGGAAAAGAGCCACUGGCUCUAAUGAAACUUGUGAUGAAAAAACUGAGACCUGCUGUAUGCGGAAGCUUUACAUCGACUUCCGGAAAGACUUGGGCUGGAAGUGGAUCCACAAGCCCAAGGGCUACUAUGCCAACUAUUGCAUGGGGUCCUGCACCUACAUCUGGAAUGCAGAGAACAAAUACUCUCAGAUAUUAGCCUUGUACAAACACCACAACCCUGGUGCAUCUGCCCACCCUUGCUGUGCACCUGCAGUCUUAGACCCUCUGCCAAUUAUUUACUAUGUGGGAAGACAACACAAGGUGGAGCAGUUGUCCAAUAUGGUGGUGAGAAGCUGCAAGUGCAGUUAGUUUAUCUAGCCGCAGAACAUCUGUUUAUCUCCAAAAGCUCUCCAUGACUCUCCCUCUGGACCGUAAACAAGCAAACGCAUGAUCCUACAAAGAGACGGACUUAUAAAGUUUCUGUGGCCAAGGAAAUGAGGAGCUGACAUGGAAAAAUCCACAGGAUUGAGAGAUGGGGAAAGUCAAAGGAAAAGACAAAAUAGCAGACUUUAGAUUUCUUUUUUGGCUCUACCCCUCCACACCAUCACAAGAACACAAACAUUUCAUAAAACAUUUCACCAAACAAGCUCAAUAUUAAACCAAAUAUAUGCUUUGUUAUGUUUCUAAAUGUUUUUUUUUUUUUACAUUAUUCAUACCCAUUAAAUUAUUUUGGUGGUUAUGUUAAUGAUUCGAUUGUACCAUAGAGGCAGCCGUGUAGUGUUGCAUGCCAAAUGUACAAUGAAGAUUUCUUAUGGUGCUGUAUUGAGGAAGGAAAUGAUGUCACAGGAACAUCCAUCUAUGCAUAAAUCAACAUUAAAUAACACACCUAAAGAGACGACAACAGUCUUUGCACUAAAAGAUGGAGAGGAAGACUAGACUGAAGGUCCCAGGAGUUCAUGACAAUGGUUCAAUUGUUUUUGAAUGUGCAGACAGCUUCCUUCAUUUAAGGAUCUUACCUGAACAGGUGCAUGUAAGAGACCCUGGCUAUGGAACCAGUUGAUGUCAUCUCUUGGAAGUGGGAAUAAUUCAAGGAACACUAGACCAUAGAAAUGUAGCCAAGUCUUCUAGCAAAUAUUCAUGACACUGAUGGACCAUGAAGGCCACGUCCUAAAGUGGUCAUGUGGUCCUUAAUUACUGCACACUAUCAAGUGUCAAAGGAGUACUUCUUUUAAAAUCCCCUUCAGGUCCUCCUGGGGUCAGUCCGUUAUUUCAACAUCAAGUGAUUUUAAAGGUACAAUAUAUUUCAGUGAAUCUCACCAAAACAUGUCCAGGUCAUAUAUUGCCACAAAAUCAAAAGAAAACAUAAGACAUUAUAUUUUACAUAAGGUUUUUGUGAUUUUAUUUUCAUGGCACUUACUUAAAUUGUCUCUUACUGUAAUGCAAACAUUACUUUAAUUACUACAAUGCUUCCAUAUGUUUGUCUUUUUUUAAUUUUUUUAUUCCAUUAUUCCUAAUGGUGAUUCUUAUUAGUUUAUCAUUGCUGUAAUUCAGUUCCUUUUUAUUGUAUAACAGUAAAACAAAUUAUUUUAAUACACCACAAUAUUUUUGUCUUAUUUUCUGGUACAAGUAUCUUAACAUCCUUGUACUGUUAAAAAAAAAAAAAAAAAAAACGGUACAACAUGAUUUAUAAAAAAAACUUUGUACAAUUUUUAUAUAUAUAUUUUUUUAAUGUUUUAAUUUUGAGAAUUUGAAGAGGAAAUGUGCUUUAUACUGUAGUUGUCAUUCAGUUCUUACAACGCAAAAAAAUGGUAAUGAUCCUAAAACUAGGCAACCAUUUUUAAUGUAAAAACAUUUUCAAAUUAGUUGUUUUUUAGUGUGACAUAGGACCCAGACAUGUUCUUGACAGGUUUCAUGAGAUUCACCCGUGUUUGUGCAAGUGUGUAACUUUCUGUUUGUUUAAGUGUGGAAUCUGUGUCAUUAAAUAAAUAGUUCACCCAGUAAUGAACAUUCUCCAACCAUUUCCUCACCUCCAUGUCAUCCCAAAUGUGUAUGACUUUCUUCUUCUUCAGAACACACAUUUUUAGAAGAAUAUCUCCAGUCUGUAGGUCAUUACAAUGCAAGCGAAUGGGUCACAAAAGGUACAUAAAGGCAAAAUAAAAGUAAUCCAUAACACUCUAGUGGAUAAAUAAAUAUCUUCAGAAGGGAUAUGAUAGGUGUGUGUGAGAAACAGAUCAAUAUUUCAGACAGAUUUUGCAAGAAAUUCUUCUCCCUGCCCAGUAGGGGGCAUAUGCAGGAAGAAUGUGAAUCACCAACAACACAAGAAGUAUGUGAAUGUUAAAGUGGAGAUUCUCAAACGGAAGGCUGCAGCUUAGCAAGGCUGCGUCCUUCCUAGAACAAUCCUUCUGAGGCUGUAGACUAGAAUGAGACUGUCUAGUAAGCACACGUGGCAAACCAUAUGCUUAGAACCAUGGGAUUUUUUAUUUUUAGAAAACCAUAUACUUAUAAGAAAACAAGAUAUAUGUCUUUAAUCCCUUAAUUAUGUUAAUUAUGCCUUUAUAUUAUACAUUUUGCAACACAAAUUUUAGACUACAUCAAAUGUGAAAAAAUGGAACCCUAGACUUGAAUUUGAAAAGCUUUAAAACUUUUAAAGCUUUUCAAAUUCAUGUAAUUUAUUGUAUUGUCUAAACUACUUGCAUACUUUUCUACAUAUUGUCAUUGCUGAAAAUGCAAAUACAAACUUGAAGAGAGAGAAAUUAAGCUGUGUCAUAAAGGUCUCCGCCUCCGUUCUCACGCAACGUUUCCGCUAAACCAAUUUGGGACAUAUGCAAAGGAUUGUAUAUGAUUAAAGGCCACAAAGAUUACACAGAAUGUAUCCUCCAAAAUAUGGCAAAGAAGGCUGCGAAAUUAGGCUGCCUUCCAAGUAUCCUCACAAUUGAGGCAGCCUUCGAAGAUGCUUGAUGACAUGGCAGCCGAGAUAUCCAGCCUAUUGAGGCUGAAGCCUUCCGAUUGAGAAGCACUCAUUGACUGAGCAGAGAGGAGAAUUUAUAGUAAAAACAGACUUAAAUAUUGAUCUGUUUCUCACCCACACCUAUCAUAUCGCUUCUGAAGAAAUGGAUUACUUUUAUGCUGAUCUAUGUGGUUUUUGGAGCUUUAAAAUGUUGGCACCCCUUCACUUGAGGACCUACAGAGUUGAAAUAUUCUUCUAAAAAUCUUAAUUUGUGUUCUGCAGAAGAACGUAAGUCAUGCACAUCUGGGAUGGCAUGAGGGUGUGUAAAAGAUGAGAGAAUUGUAAUUAUUAGGUGACCUAUUCCUUUAACGUGUGUGUGUGUGCGUGUGUGCGUGUGUGUGUGUGCGUGUGCGCGUGUGUGUGUGUUCUCAGCUGUGUUGGCUUUAUGUUGACAACUGUAUGAGGAACAUUAGUGUGGAUAUUUAUAGAGACUUCAUGUUUUUCCGCAAUGUCGAGUAAUGGGAAUUAUGUUCUGUUUGUUAAAGAUAACAUGGCCGAGCCUACACAUGUUGCUUCCCAAUGCAAUACAACCUGGUUGUUUUGGGCUAUUAACAAAAUCUUUUUAUAUGUACAAGUUUAAAUGUUUUGACUGUUUUAAACAUUGUAAUUGUAGUGUUUUAAAUGUGAGUGUAUGUCUGUUUCAUCAAUUCAGUGAUGCAGGUGUCUCUUGACACUCAUUUUACAUACACACAGUGUUCAAUAACAUAAUAUCAUGUUUUACCUAUUGUUUGCACUUAUUCUUAUUGUGUCCCAUUCACUGUUUCAAUAAACACAACUCUAUACCAGUCUGCUGACUUGUCUUGACAAAAAUACAGAUUGUAAGUAGAAGGUUAUUGCCAGUGUUCUAAGCAUCAACUUUAUUUUAGGGAUCAGAAUUAGACAGUAGUAAAUG